AUGUUGCCUCAAGAAGAAAAGAACAAAAAGCAUGUCAAUGGUUUGGCACAAGGACCAGUAAUCAUGUACCUCGACUCCCUGCUGCUGCUAACCGACACAAAAGAAAUGCGGAAGAUUGCAAAUACAAUGGACAAGACCUCAUUACCACAAGCAAACCAUCUCAAAGUGAGUGACCUAGCGAAAAUAGCUAGAGCACACAUGAAAAGGGACAGAAAAGCACGACCAGAUGACUAUGAAUUUGGCAAGAUACAGACAUGGAAAGGAACAGCAGAGAGGAUCUUCUAUGCCAGCACAGCAUCAACUUCGUCUUCAAUUCACCAGAUAGCAAGAGAACAUCGUAAACAACAGCAACACCAGCACACGACAAAACUGCUACCACCUCCACCCAAACGCUGGCGCGAACCACGUGUCGACACAAGUGGAAGCAGGGAACGAAACAAAAGCAUCAGCACACUACUAGAAGAAAGAUUCCAAAGGAUAAAGAAAUUGUUGGAAAAGGUGCUCCAUGAAGCAGAACAGUUACCCGCAGACAUAGUUUGCACAAGGUACCUGACAGACAACGCGACCCUGCAGACACUAGAGCAAGCAGAUCCAGCAGCCUCAAGUAGACUAGCCGAUGCCAACCACACGAAUGAAAUCAUAGCCACAAAAGAACCAAGAGAAAGGAGAAAAAUAAAGAAAGAAGAAGACGAAGAGAGGAAGAGAAGAACAAAAUCAAGGGACAUGGGCAUUGACAAGAAGAAGAUAAAGCGGCAAAAACAGGAAUGUACCAAUAGCACGCCAGGCCAAGAUGAACUCCAACAGCAGGAUGGUGUCAACAACCCCAAAAACAAGAAUGAACGCAACAAACAAAGCAACCUCACAACAGACAAUGCUACAACAACAACUACCCCAACACAAGCACAAGAUACGAUCGACGUCAGAACCAGUGAAGAGGCUCAGCUGGAGAACAAUCAAGUCAGCAGUCCCGCCAACCAAAUGCAAGAGGCUGACCCACAAUCAACCGUUAGCAUAACAAACGACAAAGAAGAAGAAAACAACGAAGAGGAGGUAUCACAAGCACUGCAAGACCAAGAGAUAACCCGUGUUGAAAUUGAACCCCAUAGUGAACCUCAAACAGACGAAGGCGUCACAGAACAGGAAGUUUGUGUACAAGAGAUUUCGAGUGCCACAACAUUGCAGAUCACCAUCACGAGUAUAAAGGAGAAAGCCCAAGACAUCCCAGCCGAUGAGAAAUUAGAGACUGUUAUACCUGACAAAGAAAUAGUCGAUGCAGGCACGAAUAACCCAGUCAUCAACACAGAGGAAACAAACGAGUACGUUGAUCUCGAAGAUCAAGAAGCAACACAACCAAAGGAAACUGGAAAACACACAGAACUUCAAACAACAACAUCUGAAGAGGAAGAGGAAGCAAGCGAAAGCACUGGCAUAGACAUUGAACAAGAAAAACAAGAGGACAACACAAGACAAGGAGAAACCGUAGUUCUAGCAGUAGACAGUCCUGCAACUCCAGAGAAAGAGGCACAAGAAGCUCAAGAGAGCACCAACAAUCAAGACCAUCAAACACAACCAGAGGAGCCCAAUGAACAACCCGAACAUUCAGAGGAGGCCAGUGAGCAAAAGGAGGCCACUAAAGAAGGGCAACAUGUUCUUCAAACGGCAGACAUCAACGUCACAGAAGACCAAGCUCCAAAAUAUUCACUCACCGAAAAACACGCAGCAGAGACGGCAGCAGCGACAAUGACUGAAAAGCUACAAGACAAAAACGACGGCAGCGGUGAUGAACUACAAAAGAAAGAACAAGAAGAUGACCAAAAACCUCCACUCAACGAAGAACAAGCACAACAGUCAGCAGCAGCAACGAGAAUAGUAGCAGAGACAACAAAAGUAGCAACGAUUGAGGAGCUGCAAGACAAAAACCAUGACAGUGACGAUGAACACCAAAAGAAAGAACAAGAGGACCCCCAAGAAACUACACUCAACAAAGAACGGGUGGAACAGUCAGCAUCACCAACGACAGCUCAACAGAAACACGAAGAAGGUGACCACGGAGAUACAACCAAUCAAGCAAACACACAGAUUCUUCCAGAGAAAGAACUAGAAACUAUCAAAGAAAACCUUACACCAUCGUACGAUGCCAAUUCCCCUGGCAGAGAGGUCAGUGCCAACCAGGUCGAGACUGAAAAACAAGACGGAAAAGACCACCAGCAAGACAUGACGGUUGACAAGGAAAAACAUGAUGCUAAGAAAAUCACAGACGACUCAAAUGAGGAUGGAGCAGAAACUGAACAAAAGGGUACAAUGCAAAAAGAACAUAACAUGCCACAAGAAGCAGAAGGAGAACAAGAAAGGAACAACAGUGGACAGGGCAUAUCUUCUAGCAUCGAAGCAGGCACAAUGGAGAAAGGGGGCAAAGAUAGUGAUUCCGUCAACAAAGCCAUCGAAGACCUGUACAACGCUGUAUGCAAGCCAUGGACACAGAGAGAAAUGGAUGAGCUUUUCAUUACAACGGACAAGUUUGAUGUCAAUCUAGGCCAUAUCGCCGAAAGCUUCAAGUUCCUUCUACCAUGUUCGUUGCGCGGGUUUGAGAAAGACGAAAUUAUAAGUCAUUACUUCACCAUUACAGUUAACAUGCAAAAACAGCGCUUUGAACUCCUUGACUCUUCAACUGCAUAUCCAGGCACAAUAGAAUUCUUCAACAAUGUAACCAGUAAAUUAAUGAAAAUCUGGAAGCACGUAAGCACAGAGCUACAGCUUUCACAGAAAAACAUCGACCAUUUCAAAAAGGUCAAACUGCAGGUGCCACUUCAAGAAGACGAAACAAUGGACUGCGCAUUCUAUAUGUACAUGAACCUGAAGCACUACUCCAAUGAUGGAACAGCAGCAACCUUAGAGCCAGAACAAUAUGAAGUCGAUAUGGAAGAAAAAGAAAUGCAACAGAUAGAAUGUUGCAUACUAGAAGAGUUUCCGCCAAAUCCCGAGCCAAAAGAACAUAUUAUGCAUGCGACAACCACAAAAGAGCAUGAAGUUAUUGAUAUAUCCAGUAAACGCAAAGAGAUUAUGGAUGUCAGCAGCCACGCCGUCGCCCAAGAAUCUUGCACAGACCACGAAGAAAAGGAUCCACCAAUAGAACCAGAUCAACCACCACCAGACGACAAGAUACCACACCAUGCUGAAGAGGAAACGGACGAGCAAAAUAUCAACAGCAAUAUCACAAGCACAGAGCAACUUGAACAAACAGGAACUGAUUUAAAAGAGGAUGACAGAAGCAACGACGUACCAAAUACACAAGAACAGAUGGGCCAUACAUUCGAUGAAAUCAAAACAGCAAUGAUUUACCAGGAAGACUUUGAGUUCAACAGAAAUGCCACGCCGUAUCUGACAAGCUUGCAGCAAGAAUCAGGAGAACAUUCAAUGGGUCAAUCAUCUAAGAACAGCUCAGACAAGAAAAUCUCGGUCAAGAAGAGGACGAUCGUGCUCGGUGUUAAAACUGGAGAAGAAGAAGGACUAGCAGAAUUCAAUGAGGACGAAGCAUUGAAACAGUUUGCACCCCUUGUAACAGGGAAGGAACUUUUAAAGAAAAAGCUGAUUAUGAUACAUCACAACACAGCUAAACACUACACACUGUACGUGCUCAACAAGUACACGAGCUCCAUCGACAUACUGGACUCACUGAAUUACAGACACCGAGGAGGAAAAAAUACAUGGAAAACACACCAUAAGGAUCACCCAGAACUGGUACCUAGGAUUAAAGAAGUCUUCAACGCCAUACUUGAACAAACAAUGAAUCCAAAGAAAACAAGAUGGCAGAUUCAUACCGUGCAAGAUGUUCCAGUGGUAGAAAAGGGCGAAUCACCAUUUGCUGUUUUAAAGCUUGCAUUCCUCUACAACGGUGAAAAGUUCGUCGAAGACCUGGAAGAUUUGACAGAUGAGGUCGAAGACUGGAGGGCAGAGGCAAUGUACAUUCUCUUAAGUAGCGAGAUGAAUCAAGUCAAAGCUAGUGAAAUGGGUGACGAGAUUAGCAAGAUCUUCAGCAAGAAUGAAGACUAA